GGUAAUUUUCUAAAUUUAAACAAUAUUCAUACGGUUUUUCAAAAUUUGUUGAUGGUAAAAGCUAUACGGAAAUUUUGCUCGGCAGUAGAGCGCACAUGCUUUGUACAAAAGCCGUUUAACUAUGAUCAUCACGGGGAUGACUGGGAGCUGGCCUCAGAUGUACGUUGUGGCAAACAGCAAUCUCCAAUCGCUAUUAAUAGAAAGAAAAUAUGCUUGUCAAAGGCUAGUAAAUUGCAUUUCCUAAAUUACCAUAAGCCACUGGCUGGACCCCUAAAAUUUCAUAACACUGGAACUACGGCGAAACUAUAUUUUUCUGCGGUGGAAGAUGGUACACUACCUGGUAUUUGUGGCUGCGUUCUCGAGAGCGUUUACCAAGCAGUGCAAAUGCAUUUUCAUUGGGGCUCAGAAUCUUCUAAGGGGGCAGAGCAUACAAUAGAUGGCGUGCGGCACGAUGGAGAGCUCCAUAUCGUUCAUAAAAACUGUGCAUAUAGCACAAAGUCCGAAGCCAUGUGUUCCCCAGAUGGGUUUGUAGUACUGGCUAUUCUAUUACGGGCUGUGACGAAGCCAAAAGUCGAGCCGGUGGGACUGAACAAAAUUCUUCAGCAAGUCAAACAACUGCAGGAGUUUGGUUCGAUUACAACUAUAAAGCCCCAAAUGAAGAUGAAUGAACUAUUUGCAAAUAUAAAGACAGACGAGUUUUUUUCGUAUAAAGGGUCGCUUACCACUCCACCUUGCGUUGAAGCCGUUAAUUGGUUUGUUUUCCCCAAAGCACUUGAAGUAGGCAAAAAAUACCUGAGGCAUUUUUGGUGUCUACAGGAUUCAUAUGAUAAGCUAGUAAUAAACAAUUAUCGCAACUUGCAAGACAUCCAUGAUCGUACUGUAUAUUUCCGUUCCAUGAUGUAAUUACCGAAAGAACUGAUCAAUUAAAUAUCGGAAAUGUAUACAUAUA